AUGACACGCUUGCCAGGACCAUUGAAGCAUGGCCCCUGCGCAAGGACGACACGCCACACGUUGUGGCUCAAGCAUGGUGCACAAAUCGAGAAGUGUACCAAGGUGAUGAGCCCAAACGCUCCACCGCAAUCCCUUUCUGCAGCGAGUGCUUCAGUGGCACCACAGCUUCAGCACUUCGACGAGCCGUCAUCAGAAAAUGUGGUACAUAUGAGGAUGCAGCAGAUGUUGCAGAUUCAGGCGCCAGCCGAAGUUCUGAGAUUGCUUCAAUCAUCAGCUGCAGUAGUGGCAGACGCUAAGACCAUCAAGGACGUGCAGAGCAAUGUUCGUUUGGUGGCUCAGGAGCUUGAGGCAAGAACAGAACGAUUGGCAUCGUGCUUGUCGGGAAUUACCGGGGACCUAGAUGGGGUGAAACAUCAAUCAGAGAGACUGCUCACUGCUGCAAGUGAUCAUAAUGUUGCCUUGAACAACGCCAAUGACAAGUUCAAACAGCUUGAUGAACAGAUCCAGCAGAUAGAAAGUGCAGUCACCCAGUUGUCGAGGCGUCAGGUCACCUUUGAGUCUACGAUGGAGACUCGGUUGGGUGUCCUUGAGAAUCAGAUUAUUCAGUUGCAAGCUCAGGCUACAUCAGCGGACGCGCUGAAAGAUGAAGUGGUUUCGAUGAAAGCUACAUUGUCAAGGUUUGAGCGACAGCAAGCCGAGAUACAACAAAGCGCGCAAUUCAAGAGUGAGACCCGCAUUCAGCGCAGAAUCGAUGAGAUGGAUGAGUUGUUGAAACAUUAUUUCGAACGUGUGGAUGGAGAUGAGAAACUCUGUGAGAAGCUUAGACAGCGGUCGGAGGAUCUCACCAGCCGUUUUGAAACCUUGCAGACUCACGUUGAUGUGGGGUUUAGUUCGGAAUCCAGAGCUUCAUCACGUCGUCCUCAAUUUCAGAUGCCCCAGCAGAUUGCAGAGGAGGUGUCCAAUGAGAGGUUUGAGGAGGAGGCGCAGGCUCAGGAGAUCAUCGAAACACCAAGGCAUCGCACAACGUCAGGUGUCCAGAUGUUCCAGAUGACUCCCCAGCGUGACGGAGCCGAUGAUUCAUGGAAGCAGGAUGCUGUUGAUGAGUGGCUGGAACAAGUAGAGGAACCUCAAGUUGUGCAGUCAGUUCCUGCGGAGGGACAGACCAAUUAUGAGAAGCGUUUGAGGGAUGGUUGUGAGUCAACGUUGCCAGUAGUCCAUCAGGAGGAAGAGUUUCAGGCUGAUGAAGAUCAGCACCGGCAGGUGCAACCACUUCGUCUAUGGGUGUUAAACCUGACGAUUGAAGAUUUCAUCAUGUGGACGAGACCUGGUCACAUUCAGUCACAUGCCACUUCCGAGUUCCAGAUGGAAACCAAUCCAAACUCCAUUAUGUGGCCUGUUUGGUGGACGAUUGAACAGGAUUAUCUUGAUGACAACGAACAGGGAGUGAUCCCUGUGACGGAAGAUGUGGUGAUGUUGAGGUGCGAUGUGACACCAGUGUUGUUUGAGGAUGGCAUCAUUCGGAAUGUCUUUGUGGUGUGGCUCCUUGAGGAGGAGACGGGAAGAGAGCGCAGGGUUGCAGUGAUUAGAGGGCGAGUUCGUCCCAUUGUCACUCCGUGGCCAAAUCGGGAACUGAGUACAGCAGCCUCAGCAAGCAGCCCUCCAGUUGCGAAGGCACCGACGAUCACGGCUGCAGCUUACGCUUGGAGAGCAAACGAGAUUCAGGCGAUUGAAGCUGUCACCGCAGUACCCAAAGCAGCAGCGAAAGCAGCUGAGCCAAUCACCGCCAGCAGACUUGAGUGUGUUGAUCAACCAGUUGGAAGUGCAGUGGUCAGUCAGCAGCCGUCGGUGUUGGUGGAUUCGGGUGCAAAUGAGUUGAGCGAGGCUGUGUGGAAUGAAGAGGCAUACCGCAUGACAGCCGAAGAGAGCGAGGAGAUCGCAAAGGCAAUUUGGGAGUCAGAGUCUAGAGCUAGAGAGCUUUUGAGUCGUGACAAUAUAUCGCAUGAGGAUGUGUGGCGACUUAUCCGGGAGGCACACUUGAAAGGUCAAAGAACGCAUAGGCAGGAUAUGUUGGUGAAUCCAGAUCAAGACCGAGUACAAAUCUGGAUAUUCGGAAUGUUUUGCCACGGGGGAGUUACAGGGAUCACCACUGUUACCCGCGAACGACCUUUCUUGACAAGGUUACUGGUUAGAUUCAUUAGACAGGAGUUGCCGACCUUGACGUUUACCACGAUCUCACUGGCAAUCGAUGCUACCCUGCGUCCGCACAGAGACCUUACGAACGCUGUGGGGUCAGUGGCGGGAAUCGUGGGAAUUUCCAAAUUUGAGGGUGGCAAGCUGUGGAUUGAAGAUUCAGCUGGCACGGCCAGGAGACGUGUAUCGCAGGAUGAAGUCAAAACUGGAAUGCUGCUAGACGUGUGCCAAAAGGCACACAUCUUUGACCCAAGACGUUGGCACGGAGCUGAUCAACAUCGGGGUGUUCGAUCAACGGUGGUCGCUUACUAG